CUUGACUUUGCAUGUACCGUCAUGACCGCUAAGGUCUUCACGUCUGUGGAAUAGUUUCUUCACGUAUUUUCAAGUUCGAAGCAAAAAAUGCUGUGAUCGAGUGAAACAUCAAUCGUGUCGAGAAUCAGAAAAUAUUUCUUAUUGUUGCCAUUGGAAGCAGAUUGUUGAUAUCAUUGAAGAAAGUUACAUCAUUAUCGCUUUAAUGCAUCUAACCUCAAAAUUGUUCAAGUGUCAACCACGUUUUUCUAACAUCGAUUGCAUGUCGACCACGUUCAACGAAAAGAAAAGCAUUCGUGCGCGCUCGUCGAGUGCUCUUCUACCGUUUUACAGUUCGAAUUGGCGAGCAUGCUUCAUAAGACAAGAGCAAUGCCAAUCGAACAACGAUAUACUCUUGUGUUUAGCGAACGUUGUGCAUUUUGGAACGAAAAUAAAGUGAAAUAGUAUUUACUAUACUAUUAUAGUGUAUUGGGACUUAAUUUGUUUUCAAAAGUUAGAUCUUUAAUUUAUUCAUAUACAUUAUUUUGCAUACUUAUUUUUGUAAGUUCAUAUAGCGUAAGCGAUAUAUGAAGCAGCAUAUAGCUAAUUCUAUAUAUUAUUCUUUUUUACAUUGAUUAUAAACAAUGAAGCUUGUAAACGCUGAGAAGCUCUGUGAGCUACAGCAAGAUCCUUGUCGUAUUCGUAACAUUUGUAUACUUGCACACGUUGAUCAUGGGAAAACAACAUUGGCAGAUUCUCUCGUUGCCAGUAAUGGUAUCAUCUCUAACAAGCUUGCUGGCAAGCUUCGAUAUUUGGAUAGUCGUCCGGAUGAACAAUUAAGAGGAAUUACUAUGAAAUCGAGUUCUAUAUCUCUUUAUCACAUUUAUAAUACCACAGAAUUCGUGAUAAAUCUAAUAGAUUCUCCUGGCCACGUUGAUUUUGCAUCAGAAGUUUCAACCGCCGUUAGAUUAUGCGACGGUGCUGUCAUCGUCGUUGAUGUUGUAGAAGGAAUAUGUCCCCAAACUCGCAGUGCUCUUUCUAUAUCUUAUGUCGAAGGUCUCAAACCUGUUUUAAUCUUGAAUAAAAUUGAUAGAUUGAUAACAGAGAUCAAGUUAUCGCCACUGGAUGCUUAUCUACAUUUAACACAACUUUUAGAACAAGUUAAUGCAGUGAUGGGAGAAUUAUUUGCUAGCGAUAUAAUGGAACGUGAAGAGAAAGAGCAUACCAAUGUCUCUACGACUGAAAAUGUCAUGGAAAGAAAUUUAGCUGAUUGGCAAUCUGUACUCGAUGACAUAGAUGAUUCUAAUUUAUAUUUUUCACCGGAACAAGGCAACGUUCUGUUCACGAGUGCUGUCGACGGUUGGGGAUUUAGCAUCAAAGAAUUUGCACAAUUUUUUUCUACAAAAUUAGGCUUCAGUGAAAAGGUUUUAUUGAAAACACUUUGGGGAGAUUAUUAUUUAAAUAGUAAGACAAAAAGAAUAUUGAAAGGAGCCCAAGAGAAGGCAAAGAAACCUCUAUUUGUACAGCUCAUUCUUGAUAAUCUAUGGUCUUUAUAUGAAACUAUAGUUGUUAGAAAAGAUAAAGAUAAAAUCCCGUCUAUAGCUGAAAAAUUAAAUAUUAAAUUAACGACGAGAGACUUAAGGCAUACGGAUCCUAAGGCACAGUUACAAGCCGUAUGCUCUCAAUGGCUUCCUUUGGCUCGAGCAUGUAUUAAUAUGAUAUGUGAAAAAGUACCAGCGCCUCAUAGUUUAUCUAGCGAAAAGAUUGAACGUCUAAUCAGUGGAAAUGCUGGUUUCUCUACUUUACCGGCGGAAACACAACAACUUAAAGAAGCAUUUUUAGCAUGCAAUUCUUCAGCCGAAGCACCAGUAAUUGUAUUUAUCUCUAAAAUGUUUCCAACGGAACGAGAAUCUUUGCCAGAAAAUAAGAUGAAACCUUUAACGGCCGAAGAGUUGGCGCAAAGAAAAGUAGCUGCCAGACAAAAACAUGCAGAGAUGUUACAACGAGAAAGAUCCGAGGAAAGACCUAACGGAGAGUGCAUAGAUAAUUCGGAUAAAAAAUCUGAGGAAGAAUCCGCAACUGAUGAUGAUAUCGCUACUUCUUUAAUAGCUUUUGCAAGAAUAUAUUCGGGUACGCUUAAAGUAGGGAGCGAAGUCUACGUCCUUGGACCAAAACACAAUCCUGUGAAAGCUUUAGAGUAUCAAAAAGCAGGAGAAGAUAUAGCUGCAACAACGUUGAAAGAUUUACAGCCUGGAAGACAUAUUACUAAAGUAACUAUCGAAAAAUUAUAUUUAUUAAUGGGAAGAGAAUUAGAACCUAUCACCAAAAUUCCUGCUGGUAAUGUUUUUGGUAUUGGUUGUUUAGAAGAACACGUAUUAAAAACUGCAACUUUAUCCACUACUAUAGCUUGUCCAUCGUUUUCCGAAUUGACUUCUCUCGCGGUUCCAAUUUUACGAGUAGCAUUGGAACCGAAACAUCCGAAUGAUUUACAAAAGCUUAUAAACGGCUUGAAGUUACUCAAUCAAGCGGACGCAUGUGCCAUAGUACAUAUACAAGAAACGGGUGAGAUUAUUUUGAAUACUGCCGGCGAGGUACAUCUGGAAAGGUGUUUGGAAGAUCUAACGUUACGAUAUGGCAAAGUUGAAAUCAAUGUUUCUGAACCAAUUGUUCCCUUUAGAGAAACGGUUGUGCCACCACCAAAAGUGGACAUGGUAAAUGAAGCUAUCGAGAAAAAGGCAGAAGAAGUGAAUUUAGAAACUUGGACGGUAAAUCGACAAUGUUGUUUCGAAAUCGAUGCUAAACCACUUCCAGAAAGUGUAACGAAAUUAUUAGAAAAACAUGCGGAUCUAUUGAAAUGGAUGGAUCAGCAUUUUAGUAAAUUCACGAAAGAGAAAGAAGAUUCGUUACUCGAAGACUGUUCCGAUUUGAACGAAUUAUCUAUUCAGGAUUCAACAGUGUCGGAUAAGCAACGAAAAGCGAUUGAAAGUUUUAAAAACGAUUUAACGAUUGCCUUCAAGGAAGCUGGCUGGAAGAUAAGUUUAGAAAUGAUAUGGUCCUUUGGACCACGAAAAUGUGGACCUAAUAUUUUGUUAAACGAAACGGAUUAUAAACAUCGUAAUUUUUGGGAACGACAAUUUAAAUCGACCGAUCCCCGACUGCUAUACGACAGUAGUAUGGUUAAUGGUUUUCAGUUAGCUACACUCGCUGGUCCAUUGUGCGAAGAACCAACGAUGGGUGUUUGUUUUGUUGUCAAAAAGUGGCAGAUAUUUGAAGAUGCAAACAGUGAAAGUGGAAAUCUAAGUCAAGGUCAUCUUGGUGGUCACUUAAUGUCAGCGUGUAAGGAAGCCUGCAGAAAAGCCUUCAAUUUAAGACGUCCACGAUUGGUCACACCGAUGUACAGCUGCAACGUCUUGGUCAAUUCUGAUGUUCUUGGCAAAUUGUAUGCAGCUUUCGGAAAAAGACAAGGUCGAGUGGUGGCCGCUGAAAAUGCUUUGGGUUUUGGUGGACAAUUCCGUGUCUUGGCUACAUUACCGGUUCCUGAAAGCUUUCAGCUUGCGAGGGAACUAAGAACACAAACGUCCGGAUUGGCGAGUCCUCAGCUGGUUUUUAGCCAUUGGGAGGUUAUUGAACAAGAUCCAUACUGGGUACCAUCGACAGAGGAAGAGUAUCUUCAUUACGGCGAGAAAGCCGAUAGUGGAAAUCGCGCGAAGAAAUACAUGGACGCUGUACGACGUCGAAAAGGUCUUCCCGUCGAUUCUCAAUUAGUAACGCACGGUGAAAAGCAACGUACUUUGUCUAAAAACAAAUGAGACAAACUAUAUAUAUUCCCCUCUCGUUGCAAGAUCGGACUCGAGAAAUCAAACUUUUUUUUUCUAAUCUCUAUAAUUCUUUUAAUAUUAUCAUCGGACAAUAUUUAUUUUUAAAUUUGUCAUAAAAGAGACACGUAUACUAUUAAUUCAUGCGAUUAUCCAUUUUUAAGUAAUAAUCGAUUAUUUUGUAUAACGUUUUAUAGAAAAAUUGUAAAAUUAUGAAAUUAAGUUUAUCUUACGUACGUUUUAAUUUUUAUUUGUAUUCUAUCGAAACUCGAAGAAACUAAGGAUCAACGUAAUCAAUUUUUAUGAAGAUUUAUGUAGAAUUUAUUUGUUUAAUACGAAUAUAUCUGUUAUGUAUAUAUGUGUACAUAUUAUAAACGUGCGGUGUGAACUAUUCGACUAAUAACAUUUAUUCGUAUUUGUUGCUACCAAUUAUUAUAUUAGUUAACCUACUAAAUUUUUUAAGAGAUAGAAAAAAUGAAGAAUGUUUGAAACGAUUCGCUUCUUCUACUUCCUAAAAUAUUUACAAUAAUCAUGGUAUACAAUAACGUGUACAAAAAUUGUUUUUGAGCGAAGAAAUGAACGAUGUUGAACGUCGUGGACGUAAUCGCUUUCCGACGUAGAAAAUCACCGAUCAAAACGGAGUAAGUGAUGAGCCUAUAAAAUUAAUCAUUUCCCGUCUCGUCGCUCCAUUUUGCCACUUCCGUAAUCUUUUCGUCUCGUAUAAAUCUUAAUAUCGUAUCGGAAUAUUCAGUUCAUUCGAAUUCUUACAAAAUUUACACUAAGAGAAUUGUCGUAUAAGGAUAAGAAUAAUUUAUUUACAAGGUCUGCAUAAAUAUCGAUGAGUUAUAAUUUAUUCGUUAUCGAAAAUGAUUUUCUUUCCUUGAAAACCUUGCUUUAUAAUCUCUUGUUGUUUCUUCUUUGCUGCCCAAGACGGAUGUAAAUUUUCAUUUUCGUUUGAAUUCUCGCUCAUGACGUUGUUACGUUUCUUUGUAUCUUUGAAGAACGAUUCAUUGCUGUUCUUCUGCUUUUUAAAUAAACUUUUAUCUCUAUUAAAA